AUGAUGGAGAUGAUAUUGAUUUGGCAUUACAAAAAAUCUAUUUAUAAAUUAGAUAAGUUAAAUGAUGAGAAUUCAAAUUUAAUGAAAAUUAUUGUCAAUGGAGCAAAACAUUUAAAUGAAAUUGAUAUUCUUGUUGAUGUAGAUACAUUUAUGGAAAGAUUAAGAGCUAUAGAAGAAAUUACAGGAACAACAACAAAUGAUCUUAAGAUUUUAAUUUCAACAACAAUAUCAUUAACAAAAAUACAAUAA